CCAGCCCUCCUCCCUUCACCCUGGAAAUCCAGACACCCCCACCCCCACCCUCAGAUAGCUUUAAGAUAAUUUCUUUAUUCGUUUGCCCGACAGACCAUGGCUCCCUUUGGAAGAAACUUGCUAAAGACUCGGCAUAAAAACAGAUCUUCAACUAAAGACAUGGAUUCAGAAGAGAAGGAAAUUGUGGUUUGGGUUUGCCAAGAAGAGAAGAUUGUCUGUGGGCUGACUAAACGCACCACCUCUGCUGAUGUCAUCCAGGCUUUGCUUGAGGAACAUGAGGCUAAGUUUGGAGAGAAACGAUUUCUUCUGGGGAAGCCCAGUGAUUACUGCAUCGUAGAGAAGUGGAGAGGCUCCGAACGGGUUCUUCCUCCACUAACUAGAAUCCUGAAGCUUUGGAAAGCGUGGGGAGAUGAGCAGCCCAAUAUGCAAUUUGUUUUGGUUAAAGCAGAUGCUUUUCUUCCAGUUCCUUUGUGGCGGACAGCUGAAGCCAAAUUAGUGCAAAACACAGAAAACCUGUGGGAGCUCAGCCCAGCAAACUACAUGAAGACAUUACCACCAGAUAAACAAAAAAGAAUAGUCAGAAAAACUUUCCGCAAACUGGCUAAAAUUAAGCAGGACACAGUUUCUCAUGAUCGAGAUAAUAUGGAGACGUUAGUUCAUCUGAUCAUUUCCCAGGACCAUACUAUUCAUCAGCAAGUCAAGAGAAUGAAAGAGCUGGAUCUGGAAAUUGAAAAGUGUGAAGCUAAAUUCCAUCUUGAUCGAGUAGAAAAUGAUGGGGAAAACUAUGUUCAGGAUGCGUAUUUAAUGCCCAGUUUCAGUGAAGUUCAGCAAAAUCUAGACUUGCAGUAUGAGGAAAACCAGACUCUGGAGGACCUGAGCGAAAGUGAUGGAAUUGAACAGCUGGAAGAACGACUAAAACAUUACCGAAUACUCAUUGAUAAGCUCUCUGCUGAAAUAGAAAAGGAGGUAAAAAGUGUUUGCAUUGAUAUAAAUGAAGAUGCAGAAGGGGAAGCUGCAAGUGAACUGGAAAGCUCUAAUUUAGAGAGUGUUAAGUGUGAUUUGGAGAAAAGCAUGAAAGCUGGUUUGAAAAUUCACUCUCAUUUGAGUGGCAUCCAGAAAGAGAUUAAAUACAGUGACUCAUUGCUUCAGAUGAAAGCAAAAGAAUAUGAACUCCUGGCCAAGGAAUUCAAUUCACUUCACAUUAGCAACAAAGAUGAGUGCCAGUUGAAGGAAAACAGAGCGAAGGAAUCUGAGGUUCCCAGUAGCAAUGGGGAGAUUCUUCCCUUUACUCAAAGAGUAUUUAGCAAUUACACAAAUGACACAGACUCGGACACUGGUAUCAGUUCUAACCACAGUCAGGACUCUGAAACAACCGUAGGAGAUGUGGUGCUGUUGUCAACAUAG